GAGUGCUGUGGGACGAAAGUCGUUAACGCCAGAGCCCGGGUGAAGCGGGAGCGGAGGGCCAUGGAGAACUUCACGGCGCUGUUCGGGGCUCAGACUGACCCCCCGCCGCCGCCGAGCGCCCUGAGCUUCGGGCCGGGGAAGCCGCCGCCGCCGCCGCCGCCUCCUCCGGGAGGGGGUCCGGGCUCGGCCCCGCCCCCGACGGCGACCUCGGCCUCCGCGGGAGCCGAGAAGUCGGCGGCCGGAAGCGGCCCCUUCUACCUUAUGCGGGAAUUGCCAGGCAGCACAGAGCUGACGGGCAGCACCAAUUUAAUCACACACUACAACCUGGAACAGGCCUAUAAUAAGUUCUGUGGCAAGAAAGUGAAGGAGAAGUUAAGUAAUUUCCUGCCUGACCUGCCAGGGAUGAUUGAUCUCCCUGGCUCCCAUGACAACAGCAGCCUCCGCUCUCUCAUAGAGAAGCCUCCUAUUCUUGGUGGCUCUUUUAAUCCCAUCACAGGGACUAUGCUGUCUGGUUUCCGCCUCCACACUGGCCCGUUGCCAGAGCAGUGUCGUCUGAUGCAUAUCCAGCCUCCCAAGAAGAAGAAUAAGCACAAGCACAAACAGAGCCGCACUCAGGACCCUGUCCCUCCAGAAACACCAUCUGAUUCAGAUCACAAGAAGAAGAAAAAGAAAAAAGAGGAGGAUCCUGAGCGAAAAAGAAAGAAGAAAGAGAAGAAGAAGAAGAAGAACCGACACAGUCCAGACCACCCAGGUAUGGGCAGCUCCCAGGCCAGCAGCAGCAGUAGCCUUCGCUAACAGGGCCACUGGACUUUGCCAAGGAAGACUUCCCUGUUAUACUCAGCCUGCUUACGAAACUCUUCCAGGCGUUUGGACACUGCUGUGGGAGCAUCCAACAGCUGUGCUUGUGGCUAACACACUUUAGAGAAGGACCAUAUAUUUUUAUGGUUUAGCCCAAUUGGCUUUUUCAAGGAUAUCCCUUCUCACAAGAAGCUAUUCUUUUUUUUUUUCUCAGCCUCUUUGACUCCAGGACUUUUUUGUAAGUGUUUAACAGACUGGCUAGUUAACGUAUGGCUGCGUUUUAAGAGGCAAGUGCUAUUCUACUUGAGUCAAUUUAAGAUCAGGCACCGCAUACAUUUUGGAUAUUGCCAUCACAGUAUCUUCUUAGCCUGCUGGGAAAUCAAAAUGAGAGCAGAGCAACACAAUUUGCAGUGUUUUCCGCCCAGACAUAAAAUACUCUGCCCAUAAUGCUCAGAGCCAAGUGCUUGGAUAUCUUCAGACUCCCUCAGGAAAGCUGGCCUAAUAAGGUUUAUGCCCUUGUUGAUAUACCACAGGGAACUGGUGAUCCACAAUCACCAGUAGAUUUUAGCAGAAAAAAAAAAAAAUCAAAAAACAACUUGUGUUUGUCCCAUAAUGCUCCCACAUUUUUCUGGGGCCUGAUCCACCCUUGUGUACACUAGUUUAUCUUUUCCUCUCCCUUUUUUCCAUGUGUGCUUUUUAGAUGAACCUUUGGCAAGAAGUUUAAUGUUUCUCUUA